CAGGACCUCAUUCAGAGUCUCCAUGUUGUCCCAUCUGCCUGAUCUGAGAAAAAGUUGGGGAUGCUCUGUUUGGGCUGUGUGUUUCUAAUAAGCUUUUGUUUGCGACUGAAAAAGGCAGGUGUGUAUCCUUCAAGAAAUAGAGGUGCAGACUAAAUGGAUCUAAAGACAGCAGUGUUCAAUGCAGCUUGUGAUGGCAAGCUGCGGCUCCUUUCCAAGUUACUGGCAAGCAAAACCAGAGAAGAGGUGGCCUUACUAAUGUCAGAAAAAACCAAUGGUGCCACACCGCUUUUGAUGGCAGCCCGUUAUGGGCAUGUUGACAUGGUGGAAUACUUGUUGGACUAUUGCUCUGCUUCUAUAGAAAUUGGUGGUUCAGUUAAUUUUGAUGGUGAAACUAUUGAGGGAGCUCCGCCAUUAUGGGCAGCAUCAGCUGCUGGCCACUUGAAGGUGGUUCAGUGUCUGUUAGAUCAUGGUGCAUCUGUCAACAACACAACUCUAACAAAUUCAACUCCACUUAGAGCUGCCUGUUUUGAUGGUCACCUGGAAAUAGUAAAAUAUCUUGUGGAGCACAAAGCAGACUUGGAAGUAUCAAACCGUCAUGGGCAUACGUGCUUGAUGAUCUCAUGUUACAAAGGCCACAAAGAAAUUGCUCAGUAUUUACUUGAGAAAGGAGCUGAUGUUAACAGAAAAAGUGUUAAAGGAAACACUGCAUUACAUGACUGUGCAGAAUCUGGAAGUUUAGAGAUCAUGAAGAUGCUUCUCAAGUAUUGUGCUAAGAUGGAAAAGGAUGGCUAUGGGAUGACUCCCCUUCUGUCAGCCAGUGUGACAGGCCACACAAAUAUUGUGGACUUUCUGACCCAACAUGAGCAGACCAGUAAGAUAGAAUGUAUAAAUGCUCUGGAACUUCUAGGAGCAACAUUCGUGGACAAAAAGAGAGAUUUGCUUGGUGCUUUGAAAUACUGGAAGCGAGCUAUGGAAAUGAGAUACAGGGAUAGGACUAGUAUCCUGAACAAACCUGUGCCACAAACACUAAUUAUGGCCUAUGAUUAUACUAAAGAGGUAAACAGCUCAGAAGAGCUAGAAAAUCUUAUUGCAGACCCUGAUGAGAUGAGAAUGCAAGCACUAUUAAUUAGAGAACGUAUUCUUGGUCCUUCUCACCCAGAUACGUCCUACUAUAUUAGAUAUAGAGGUGCUGUCUAUGCAGACUCUGGAAACUUUAAGCGAUGCAUCAACUUAUGGAAAUAUGCUUUGGACAUGCAGCAGAGCAAUCUAGAUCCACUGAGCCCUAUGACAGCCAGCAGUUUACUAUCAUUUGCUGAACUCUUCUCCUUUAUGCUGCAGGACAGGGCAAAGGGCCUGCUAGGUACUACUGUUACAUUUAAUGAUCUCAUGGGUAUACUGUGCAAAAGUGUUCUUGAAAUAGAGCGGGCCAUGAAACAAAUACAGUGCCCUCCUGAUCCAAUACAACUGAACAAAGCCCUUUCUAUCAUUUUGCAUUUAAUUUGCUUGUUGGAAAAAGUACCUUGCAGCUCAGAACAGGAGCAUUUUAAGAAACAGACUAUUUACAAGUUUCUUAAGCUUCAGCCUAGAGGGAAGAAUAACUUCAGUCCACUUCACCUUGCUGUUGACAAGAAUACUACAUGUGUGAGUCGCUACCCAGUUUGUAAAUUCCCUUCUCUACAAGUUACUGCUAUCCUGGUGGAGUGUGGUGCUAAUAUAAAUGUCAGAGACUCUGAUAACAACAGUCCUUUACAUAUUGCUGCACUGAACAACCAUCCAGGCAUCAUGAAUUUUCUUAUCAAGUCAGGUUCACACUUUGAUGCCACAAACUCUCAUAAACAAACUGCUAGUGAUUUGCUGGAUGAGAAGAAAAUAGCAAAAAACUUAAUCCAACCUAUAAAUCAUACUACAUUGCAGUGUCUUGCUGCUCGUGUUCUAGUGAAUCAUAACAUAUGCUAUGCAGGGCACAUCCCUGAAAAACUAGAGAAAUUUGUUUUGCUCCAUAGAUAAUAGUGUGCAGUACCAGAGUGCUGUUGUUGAAGCAUGACAUGGUGACAAUGUUUUUCUUGAGCACUGUUGUGAUAUACCAAUAUUCCCUUAGUUUGCUCCAUUUUGCUCUCAUUGGCUAAAGUGUUGUUAGCAUUGCAUCUGCAGAGUUGGUUAACCAAUAUUUGAAUGUGCCAUAUAUUAUAUUUUGUGGAAUAUUUAGAAAUGUAGUGCCAUAUUUAGACUAAAAAUUGUUUGCCAAAGGCUUGUCUAUUCAGGUCUUAUUUGCCUGGUGGAAGUGUUUAGGACUGAGUUGAAUAUUUUCCACUGAUGUCUUUUUACUACAACUGUUGUGUGAAUUUUAUACAGUUGGAGGGUCAUCUUUUUUUAUUUUGCUUGAGCAUUUCUACUAUUACUCUAUUCUUUUUCUAUGGACUUCUUAAACUGUGAAAGUUGUAUAGACUUGUUAACAUUUGCAAAUACCAUAAGUGCUUUUUAUCUUCUCUAUGCACUGACUUAAAUGUGACUGUUGUGUGUGAACAUAUUUCCGUGCAGCAGUUGGUCAAUUUCAACUUAAAUGCCCAUUUUGAUUUGCAGUUUUGUUUGGAGCUCUUUUUGAGAAUGCUGCCUUCAUAGCAUGACAAAUUUUAGAGCUACAUAUCACCUUUCCGAACUGGGGUUUAACUUUUUUAUUCUAGCUGUAGGCUAAGGUUGCUUUCCUCUUGAUCCUCUGGAAAUCUGUGCUAUAUUUGGGAGAAGAAAAUCUCUCUUGUUCUCAUGGUAAUCCACUUGAAAGUUUAAUCUGAUAAUCGUUCUCUCACAUCAUGCAGUUAGGGGAAGAGUCCUCAUCAUGUACAACUGACAGCUUCCCUUUUGCACUAAUGUCUUGCUUGUGUUGGUUAUGUGACUAGAUGUAAAGUUUGUUCAAAGUUGAACCUCAAACUUAAUGAUACACUCUAAUGAGAAAUAGAUUAAAUGUAUGCCAUAGUUUAAAUUUACAAAUCAACUUCUUUAGCUACAAAAGAAACUAAAGCACGUUGGUGGUGUGAUGCUUAUCAGUCCAGAAAUAUAUAUAGGCACCAUCUAGUAUCAUUAUAAUAUAGUAAAUGGCUGUAUGCCAGAGUAAUAGAAAUUGUCUCCUUCAUUUUAAAUAUCUUUAUAAAUGCAUGUUUCUUUCCAUCUCUAUUAGCUGUCAGCUGUACUUAAAGAAAGUUCUGUUGUGUAUAUAUAGCUCCCAAUUAAACAUACCUAUUUUUAUAAUAUUUCCAUAAUAGCUUAACUUUUACAACAGAAAGGGCUCUUUUGACUUGAUAAGAAAUCUAUAAAAGAAUUUCAUAAAGGAGAGCGAGAUUCAGAUAUUUAAUAUAAUUCAGCACUUUACUGUUGAUUAAUAGUAGAAUUUAUUAUGGCACAUUAGCCCUGCAAAUGUCUAAGUGAAAUUAAUUUGUGUUGAGUAGAAUACAGUUUACCUACAAAUUUAGUAUUCUAGCAUAUUGGAUAUUGUUGACUUGACAUUUCAGUGAUGGGCAGUAAAUGGGUUUCUUGCUCCAGAAACUCAACAAGUUGAUUUAGGCUUUUGUUGGUGACCGAGAUAUUUAAAAGCCAAAUUAAGUAGAUAAAGGAAAAAAAUAUUUAGGAGGGUUUUUUUAAAUUUGAUGUCGGAGUAUUUUUCUUUUGUGAAUUAAGUUGAAGAAGAAUGUCUUGAGAGUAUAAAAGAGUAUAUAUAUAAAAAGAAGUAGUUCAUCCUUGCUUUUUGGCUGGUUUAGGUUUUCUCUUAGUGUACAGGGUGGAGUCAACAAGCUUAGCCAUUCUUGGGGAAAAUAUUGGGAUACUUUUAAACAAAGAUAUGCUGAAAGUAGUGCUAUUUGUAUAUUGCCACUUUCAAACUCUUAUUUUGAAACAAUUUUCACCUGUUUGUCCCAUGGCAUACCUAUACUGUAUGAAAUUCUGUGUAUAAGGAAAUCCUAUUUGUUUCUCUUGCAAAUGUGCAGCAGUAAACUUCUAUUAAAUUGGCUGAUUUUUUUUCCUGAUUUGUAAUGAUUAAACUACACACCACCCAGGCUGUCAGUUGUGAGAACAAGUAGCUUGAUUUUUGUAUUUCUUAUUUUUGAUAUGCUUCUCUACUACUCUGUAAGUUGGUGUAAUCAACAAAUCAUACCAUGCUAGAAAUGACCCACAUUAUACUUCAAGUAAUAAAAAAUAGUCUUUAUAUAGGUCACAGAGAAAGGGAUUUCUAGAUCACUGUUUUAUACUCUGAAAUCUGUACUGCUCUUUAGUGCUUGCAAUUUGAAUUUGUCUUUAUAACUGUAUAAUAUCCUGUUUAAAAUAAGUUACUUUGAGAUUAUUAGUCCAGAAAUAGAACUAAAAAUUUAUGGUAGUAUGUCCUGCUAUUGUUAGCAAAGUUUUGAAUGGAAAACACUCCAGAAGAGAAAGCAUAUAACUAUCUAAUAUGUGUAAAUCUAGUGAAAAUUGCCAGGCCUUACAGGGCUUAUUUUUAGCUACUUGGGUUUUGGGGGUUUUCUGUUUGUUUUUAACAUAUGAAGUACUGAUUUACUGUAUGUAAUUCUGUCUUAACCUUUAGGAUUGAUGUGUAUUGGUAGAUAUUAUCACCUAUAUUCAUAAUUUAAUUUUGCAAGGUUAUGAGGCUAUCUGCUGAAUUCUUAACUGUGAUGAUGUCAGAUAUUCAAGCUUAGGUGACCAGAUGGAUAAGUUAAUGCAUUUAAUUCCACUUUCUAUUUAACCCUGUAUGUGUACAUUACCCCCAUUUAAUUUUUGCUUCAUUUUAAAAGAAAUUGGUGUAGAGCCUAUGCUGGGUAAUGUGUUAGGGGUUAGUUAAGGAUUUACUGAUUGGGAAGGAGCAUAAAGACAGUAGGCCCUGUCUGAGAUGUCUGUGCCACUAUGGCCAGCGCUAAUGGGUAGUAGCAGUUUUGCCCCCUCAGCCCCUAAUUCAAACCAGGAAUAUCUCCACUUAAGUAUAGAUACCAACUUUCUGGACCAGUUUUUUUGUUGUUGUUGACUUUUUUUUAUUCUUAUUACCCAUUCAGAAAUUGGAAUAAGAUUAUUUUACUGAAACAUGUUGAUGCUAAAUGCAAUAGUGUUGCUAGCUGAACACAAACUAUAGUAAGGCCAAGGAGAUAAAGAGCAUUCAGAACACACAGAACUGUUAUUGGUUUUUGUCAUAUUAACUCAUUCUUUUUAUGUUCUUAUCUUCCCAUUUGUUUUUUUUUCUGAUUAAAACUACUUUUUCAGAGCUGCCAACCCAUAAAGAUCUUAAGAAUAUUGAGGAAAAAAUUGUAUGCCCUGUGGGGGUGAAAUAGAUUUAAAAAUAGAUUAAAUAAUUUGCAGGUAUGUAUUUUUAAAGACAAGAAUACUGAUACCCCCUUGCUUGUUUAGACCUCUGAAGUUAGAUUUAUUUUUUUAAUAAAUACUCAAAGCACUCUUUCUUCUAAUCUUCUUGGUCUUCCACUGAAAUACUUCAGCCAGGAAGAUGAAAAGUAUUGUGUUUAACAACAACAACAAAAAGCCGUUCUUGCCAAAUACUAAAAGUAGAUUGCUAUUUUUAUAUCGCUUAUGUCAGUAACGAUUCCAGCUGUCUGUGGUGUCUCUGAGGUUCUGACUGUUAAGCACAUGGUAUAAAGGCACUUUUUAAAAUGCAAGGCAACAGCAUGGUGGGUUUUUUUUUUUAUGUAUACUCUGCAACAGUCCUUGGAUAGGAGGUAUUUUUAUAUAUUACCUAAAUACCAAAAGUUCUCUUUUAACAACUGUUUUGAAACUGGUUGAAAUUAAACUCUUUCCACUUAUAUAAAAUGUUAUCUUAUAGAAGGAAUGGAAUGCUAUAGCAAAAUUUUUACUAAAGGAUUAAAAAAGGAUAAAAACCUUAACAGAAAAGACAUGUGCCUCUCCAGUUUUACAUCAACUGCAAGUUAAUAGUGGCAGGAUAUGGCUACUCUGGAAAUAGCUUCCUUGUGCUUUGAAUUGUAGAGUGGGAUGACUGCUAGACUCUAAAAUAUUGACAAAUGUGAGUACAAAGACUUAAAACUAAUUUCUGUGUUCUGUGACUACAAUGAAGUGAAGUGGUAUUUAAUGCUUCAAAGUAACUUUGAGGAAUAUGAUGAAGAAAUACUAGACAAAUAUAGUUUGGUUUACAUUGUUCAAAUAUCUUUGCUUUGGGUGUGAAAGUAACUGUUGAACCCUCAGUGAGCAGAAUGAAAAGUUACUGAUCAUUUGGUUUUAACUAACUCUGUAUUUGUGUUCCAUUCUAUCACAAAGACUUCCUGUGCAGGGGAAUUCCAAGUAAUUGAAAUAUUUCAAUUAUAAAUUCAAAUAUAUCAAUUCCAUAUAUUGAAAUACUGCAUUUUCUUUUUUUAGUUUAGCUUCAAUUAUAAUGUAAAAAAAGGAAUAACAAAUAUAUUUCUCUGCUCUUACUCUCUUUAGUCUCCAAAUGCAGAUUACAUUAAAAAAGUGUUUUGGAUAA